AUGGUGGUUCUUGAGAUGAUUGGAGCAACAAUGUACUCUCCGAAUUGGAUUUAUAAGGAUUUUGAAAGGGAAGAAGUCAUGAGGAUUUUUGGUGAUCAUAUAACCGAAGAAGAAGAGAAAAUUGAAAGGAAAAUGGUAUUGGUUGGUCUGUGGUGCAUUCAGACCAAUCCAUCUCAUCGUCCAACAAUGAUCAAAGUCAUUGAAAUGUUAGAGGGGACUCUAGAGGCUCUCCAGGUUCCACCUAAACCUCUCUUGUGUUUACCUGUAACAACGGUUCCAGAAACUGUUGAAGAUAGUAAUGAGACUUCAAGCGUCUAUUGGCCAAGUCAGUUUGAAAGAGGUACAGUCUCUGGUGAAGAUACUGUUUGCAUUGCUGAAGAAGAAAUAGUUCAAUGUUCCAGCUACUAA